CGGCCGGACACUAAUGCAUGUAACACCCGGUGUUUGAGUUGUGUGAUGGAGUUUCGCUGACAGACAGACAGUACCGCUGCGUUGUAUUUCUGUUUUCACUCCGUCUGUCCUCCAACUCGGCGGUUUCUACCGGGAGCUCUCGGUCCAGCGACAUGGCGGAUAACAUUAUCAUCAGGGUACAGUCCCCAGAUGGGAUGAAGAAAAUUCCUUCUACCAAGAGGGAGACAGCUGCUGCUUUUCUGAAAAAGGUGGCCAAAGAGUUUGGGUUCAACUCCAACGGGUUCUCAGUUUACCUGAACCGCAACAAGACCGGAGAGAUCCUGUCCCAGAACAAAACGCUCAGCCUGCUGAAGAUCAAGCAUGGGGACAUGUUGUUUCUGUUCCCUUCAGCGUCCUCCUCCUCCUCCGAGGUGAUGGACACGGCUACCCCGCACACAUCUUCGUCACUACCAUCCCUCUCGUCCUCCUCCUCCUCGUCCUCCUCCUCUUCGUCCUCCAUGAUCCCUCGUUCCUUCUCGGCGCCGCAGGUCCAGGAGGACGAGAUCGAUCAGUAUCUGGCCAAGCAGGACGGCAAAAUCUACAGGAACAGAGAUCCACAGCUAUGUCGCCACGGCGCCCUUGGAAAAUGUGUGCACUGUGUACCAUUAGAGCCUUUUGACGAAGACUACCUGAAUCACCUGGACCCUCCAGUGAAGCACAUGUCAUUCCACGCGUAUCUUCGCAAGCUGACCGGUGGAGCCGAUAAAGGGAAGUUUGCGGCUCUAGAGAACAUCAGCUGUAAGAUAAAGUCCGGCUGUGAAGGUCAUCCUCCCUGGCCAGAGGGGAUCUGCACCAAGUGUCAGCCCAGCGCCAUCACACUCAACAGACAGAAAUACCGACACGUGGACAACAUCAUGUUUGAGAAUCACACCAUUGCUGAUCGCUUCCUGGACUUCUGGAGGAAGACGGGCAGCCAGAGGAUGGGCUACCUGUACGGCAGAUACACCGAGCACACAGACAUCCCUCUGGGCAUCAGAGCUGAGGUGGCUGCCAUCUACGAGCCCCCACAGAAUGCCACUCAGAACAGCCUGGAGCUGUUGGAGGAUCCCAAAGCUGCAGCUGUGGAUGAAAUUGCUGCUAAACUGGGGCUGUGCAAGGUGGGAUGGAUCUUCACCGACCUGCUGUCCGAGGACACGAGGAUAGGAACUGUCCGCUACUCGAGAAACAAGGACUCACAUUACCUGAGUGCAGAGGAGUGCAUCACAGCGGGAUACUUCCAGAACAAACACUCAAACCCCUGCAAACUGUCUCGAGACGGACACUUCGGAUCCAAAUUUGUGACCGUCGUCGCUACAGGCGGUCCAGAUAACCAGGUGCACUUUGAAGGAUACCAGGUGUCCAACCAGUGCAUGGCUCUGGUGAGAGACGAGUGCCUACUGCCCUGCAAAGAUGCUCCAGAGCUCGGCUACGCGAAAGAGUCCAGCCCUGAGCAGUACGUCCCCGAUGUCUUCUACAAGGACAAAGACAAAUUUGGAAAUGACGUCACGUUUCUAGCUCGGCCUCUACCCGUGGAGUACCUUAUCAUAGAUAUAACUACAACUUUUCCAAAGGACCCUCAGUACACCUUUUCCUCAACACAACGCUUCCCCAUCGAGAACCGCGACAUCCUGGGAGAAACACAAGAUUUCCACAGUUUAGCGACGUACCUGUCCCAGUGCACCUCGGCAUCAUUCCUGGACAUCGUGUCGGACUUCCACCUGCUCCUCUUCCUCGUCACCAAUGAAGUCAUGCCUCUGAGAGACAGCAUCGGGCUGCUACUCGAUGCCGUGAAGACUUCAAAUGAAGAUCUGGCACAGACCUGGAAGAAGUCUGAGCAGUGGGCCACCAUCGAGCAGCUGUGCAGUACCGUGGGUGGGCAGCCCUCCAGCUCUCUGGGUUACGGGGCCAUGGGCGGCCCCUCGGUUCCGGCCUCCUCCUCGGCCAUGUGGUCCUGCCUCCACUGCACCUUCAUGAACCAGCCCGGCACAGAGCACUGUGAAAUGUGCAGCCUGCCCCGCAGUUAAAGCCCUCCGCCCUGCUUCCACGCCCUGAUCAGCCACUGCUCCAGGACCAGCUGCAAGAUUCGGACGCCCCGUUUUCGUUCAGUCCCUCGCCUCACGUCGACGCCUCCGCCCUCCCCGCCUCGCCGGCUGCUCGAGGGACGCGCUCGUUUACAUCGAAUUUCACCGAGUAAAUAAGGUUAAACCAGACUGUUUUGUGUUUUGUGUCCCUCCUCACAGCGGCUCCGGUGAGCGGCGGGUUUUAGGUAAAGCACUUUUGGCCGAGGCCGCCCCAUCACCCCCAAAAUAAGCCUCCCUCAUGGCUCAGAUACAUCCUGCUGUGACUCAGGACGACAGCAAAGACUCAAGUGUUUGGAUGUUUUCUCACAUCAGUGCCGCUCUCACUCUCACAACGUCUUCUGGAAAAUCUUGCUGUGUAUAAAUACAUUUGAGGAAUGACACUGUUAUUUAAUUUUCUUCUUCUUUUUUUAAUUAUUAUCAGAUUGUAGCGCAUAUCUUAAAGUUUUGAAUCUUCAGCGUGGACUCUGCUCAGUCAGGUUUUUCUAAGUCUCUUUGGCCCUUAAAGCCCCUUAAAGUACAAUCAUCAGACCUGAAAGAGCUCCAGAGUUACCCCACCUCAGUAGAGAGUUUCUAUUUUCAGUAUUAAAUUAAAUCCCACGUUUUGACUUGACACCUAAAGAUCUUUCGCUGGUUUGUUGGAAUCGUAGCUUUUUUGGAUUUGGUGGUUUUGAACUUGAUCAGGCACAAUAUGUAGCUUAUUUUAUCAGCUGUAUUUUCUUUUUUUUCCUCUGAUAUCACGCCCAUCUCCAUCCUUAUCACUGACUCACAGAGUUUUAGCCGUGAGGUGCUUUAGAAAACAACUGGUGCUCGCCACUCUCCUCUCCGUCACUCUCACAUCCCCCAUGGUUCUUCUUCUUUUGUUUCCUUACUCGUUUCGGAGCGUAACCGAGGUUCCUCCACUAAAGGGCCCCUGCUGGGUUCAACCCCAUCGCUCAUCCUUCAAAGACUUUGCUGCUCAGAGUGCAAAGGGGUCGUCUGGGCUGCCGUAAAUCUGCGAGAAGGAUGGUGACGAUCUGCUUUUUAAAACUCAAAAGCUUCUUCCUGCAGGGGGCAUUAAGGACGCUCAGCAUUGCUGACAUUUUUUAUAGUUUUUUUUUCUUUUUUUACGGAGCUACGGUUGUCGGUGGUGGCAAAGGGGCUGAGAAUGAAAGCUCGUCUUGACUUAAGGGGUCAGUUCAACCAAAUUAUAAAAAAAUAAAACACACAAGACAUAUUUUAGUACUUAAAUAUAUCCAGAUUUAUCUCCACAACAUCUCCAGCCCAGGAUGUAGUGGUGAUGCCCCAGAAUAGUGACGUAGGAAUGGUAUUGGGGGACUAUUCAUAAGUUUAUUAAAAAUAGCUGUUUCAUUUAUUACACCAUCCAAAUUCUAAUAAAAUAAAACACAUAAGACAUAUUUUAGUUCUUAAAUAUAUCCAGAUCUCGACGGUGUUUCCAAGCCCAGGAUGUAGUGUUGGUGUCCCCGCAAGUUUGUCGCUUCUUACAUCAUCCAGAUUCUCUGCAAAAACAGACAUUUUCAGCAUGUAGGUUGCCUCUUGGAGGUUGUAGUUGUUGGUUUUUAAUAGCAAAGGGGGAUUUUGGAAAGAGAUAGUGGAGGGGGAGUAGAAUGACUCGUGAAAUGUUCACUAGAAAGUUCCAAAGUCAACAUCUGGUAAGUCAAGACUAACUCCACUCAAAUACAGCGGUUCUUUUACAGCAGACAUGUGAUAGCAGGAAAAGCACAGCUCAAGCCAAAACAUCCACCAUGAAAUUAAAGAGAAUGGAAAUUGAUUCAUUGGAGCUUUGGAAACUCAGACGAGUAAAAAUUCUUCAUGUAAAAAUGUAAAGUAAAAAGUAUUUCCCUGUGUAGUAAUUUCAGUGAACUGACCCUUUAGCUCAGUACAGUCAGCUGUAGGUGUAUAAGGACGGUCGGUUAAAGCUGGUUUCUUUUGGAUUUUCUGAAUACUGCGACCAAGUACCUGUUCUUAACAUCUGGCAGCCGCUGCUCAACAUCCACCCAGUUAGCAAAACCAAACCAGAACACACCAAUGUCAAUCCACACUCAACCUGUUUACAUUCUCAGGGCAUCAAAAGCUGCUGUUCCGUCAAACCUGCCGAUGUCUAGGAGAUGCAGACAAAGAUCAUAUUCACCACUGAUGGACGGGCUGGAGUUUUUCUGGUUUAAAUAAAAGCUUCAUAAGAAGGUCGAGCAGAUAAAGGUCACAUAGCUGCCGUUUCUUUAAGUUUAGGCCCCAAAACUACUUUCCCAUGUUUGGAAAAAGAUCCUGGUUUAGGUCAAAUUCACCCUUUCAAAGCAAACACCAGCUAAGAACAUUUAACUAAACACUUCUUAUGUCCAUUUCUGAUGAACUGCUGAACUACACUACAUGUUGAAAAGUGAUGCUAAUGGUUAACCGGUGAAUUAACCUGAUAAAGUGGCCGAAUAUGAUGAGAUUUUUUUCAUAGCUGGUGUCAUUUUAAGGACAAGGGUAUUGUGUGAUUAAAAGUUAGAUGCAUGACUUUGAUUAUGUGUAGUUAAUGCAAGAAAAAAGACAAAUGAAAUUGGCUUUAAUGCAUUUUUAUGCUAAUUUUGAAGUAUCACAUUAGAAAAUGCUAACAAAUAACAAAAAAUUCAAAAAUGUUGCUCUUCUCACUGAUUUUGCUCUCAAAGAUGCCAAAAUGUUGCUUAAUCUUCAAGUUUUAUUUUGCCGUUGUCGACCGACUUCUUCUUUUUCCCUGUUCAUUGCAGCUGUAGCGCCACCUUCUGACGACAGAAUUAAUUCUCUCCAAACCAGUUGACAGAAACGCACCCAUUCCACGUUAUCUUUUAGGUUUUUUUGUGACUUUUAAAAUGUUCACUUCAAAUUUUCUUGACAACGAAACACGGCUAGCGCUAACGAGCUAAAGCUAACAAGCUACACAUUUAGCGUAUUUUCUGCUCCUGAACCGUCCCGAUCGAUCCAGAAUCUCCUUUUAAUCAUGUCCUCGGUACGUCUCCCGCUGACUGAAGCAUCCUCAGGCCUUUUAUCACCACUCUUGGUUUCUUUUUCCAUCAUAACUUUGUGCCCUGUUGCAGCAGAUGGAUUUUAUCUCCAGACUGAUGGAUACUGAAGUGAGGUUGUCGACGGGGUUGUGAGCUUCUUCUAAGAGCGUGACAGUGAACAUAUUUUUAGUUGUAGUUUCAUUUUGAAAGCACCUGGACAAAAAAAAAAAAAAAGUAUUUUGUUUUCUUUUCACCCGGUGGUAUCACUCUUCCCCUGCCCCCCGUGUGGAUUGUUGAGAGUGAUUUCUCUGAUGUCAUGGUAACGGACGGCAGUGACCUUUUUCCUUUUGUAUCGAUCCGGGGGCCGUUUGCUGAGCAAGCAUGCUCUUGGACCUACAGCCGGUCCUCACUUUCCACUGAGCUAACUGAGGACCCUGAAAAUUGUAUGCUGUUGACCUGGAUUUGAAACAAAACAAUAAAAAAACAAAAAACAACUAAGAAGAUAA